AUGAGUGAGAGCCGGGAGAUAGAGAAGGUAGACACCGUCCUAGGGACGGCAGAGUCGAACAGCAAGCGGGGUCAAGCAGAAGAAGCGAGAGUAGGGAAGAGAGGGAGACCAUCAAACGCCGAAAAGUUGGGAAGGGGGAGAAAUAGUAGUAUAGAGAGUACAUCGAGUAUUUCGUCGUGGAUUUGGAGGAGAGGAAGAGAGCAGCAAGAUAGUGACAGCGAGAGUGAAGAAAAGGACGGGAAACGGAGGAAGAUGGCCGAAAUAGCAGCAAAUACCGAAAAUGCGCAAAUAAUAGAAAUGGAAAGGAUUGAAAAAUUAUUGGAAGAGAUGGGAGAGAGUCAAGAAAGAUCUAAGAAAGAAAUUAUUAAGAAAAUAGAGGAUAGUAAUAGAGUUUUAGAAAAGAAGGUAAUGACCGAGUUUAAGAAAGAGAUGGAAAAAAUGAGAGAAGAAAAUAUGAAAGUGAUAGAAGGAUUGAAGAAAGGAAAUGUUGAAUUAAGAAGAGAGAAUGGAAAUUGGAGGGGAUUUUGCGGGAGCUGCGAGGAUGGAGAACAAGUCGAAGAGAAAAAUGAAGGGGAGGAUGGAGAACGAGGAAGAGAACGUCGAGGUGAGAACGAGAAGGACAGAGAUAGUAAAGCAGAGAAGAAAGAAGAGAUACUUAGAGAUAGAUGUAGUAAUAAUAGCAGCAAUGGUGAAAGGAAAGGUGUGAAUGAGAGUAGAGAAGUGUGGGAGAGUACGAGAGGGUUGAUAGAGACGUGGAUAGAUGAAAAAGAGUGGGGGAAGUUAAAGGAAAAAAUGCCAAAGGAAUGGAAGUGGAAGUGA